AAAAUUGACGUUUCAUGACAUUUGUAACGGUCGAAUGACCUCCUGACAAUGAGCUAAAGAAGAUUAUGUAUGUGAACGGUGCGUUAAGUGCCUUUUAUCGGAUCGCGUGCUCUUCUGAAGAAGAAAUAUACCUGCGCUGGCCAUAUAAUCAUAGAAAUUCUAUUUUUACUAUAAUCAUAUAUAUCCGCAUCACGUGCAGUAGCAAAGCGGUAUACUUUACUAUGACAGACAUAUUGCUGGUACUUUGUUCAUUAAUAACGACCAUUAUCAGCUCCUACGAGGUUUGAUCAGCUCCUCCCAACUCUCAUAUAACGGCAUACACAACUGCUGGUGGCCUCGUUAGAUCAUUUGCCCUCCCAGGUGCCUCAUAUUCAAGGACAUUGUUCACAGAUCACCGAAUACCACCCUAGUCGCUACCCAGGGAACACAAAGAAUUCCUGAUCACUAAACAUUUAUAAAUCAUUUUAUGAAUUUCCAUAAAAUGAACAAGUUUCAAUACUUCUGACAUGAGUAAAUGAAAAGAAUUGAUUUAUUUGAUUAGAUGAUCAAAUAAUCUGAAUUGAACUGAAUUCAAGUCAAAAAAUAAUUUAAGGAGCAUAUGCGCCAAAGGAAAGAUCCCUCAAGCCUAAGGUGUAAAUGAAAUAGCAGCAUUAUUUAUAAGUAGCAUGGCUAACAAGACAGAAAAAAUUCUAUGAGGCAAUUCUACCUGUUAUUAGUAUUAAUGAUUAUCCUCCUUUUUUUUUGUUCAACUUUAAAUGAUUCAAUUUUGUGAGGAAUGGCGACACAGAUAAAUUGCAAUCAAGUUUGAAUGUAGAUCAGGGCAUGCAUUCGUGUGUUUUACCCAUGCGUAUUUCCUCUUCAAAAUAAUGCCCCAGGCAGUUAGCCUAGAGUGGACUGCUGUUACGAAGUGGGGAACUGGUUGACCAGGAAGCUACCUGAGAAACACAAGUUAUUUAAGUUCUUAUAGUUCACUGCCACUGUCACUAUCUCAGAGUUCAGAUAUUUUGCAUACCUGUAGGUUUAGCUCUAAAUCAAAUUGGAAUAAAUUUAAAUUGCUAAAAACAAUGAUGAUGAUAGAAAUAAAAGUGUUUAUAAAGAUGUUGGCAUUGUGACAGAGCUGUGAAAGUUUCUUCCAUAUGAGUUUAACUUUGAGUAACAUGACAAUAAACUGCCGGUGAUUGAUGAUAUAAAGAAACCUGGACAGUGGAUUGUGGUUUAAUUUUGAGUUGUGAAUAAAUUAACAGAAUGCUACGACUUCUGAUAUUUUUUUUCUUAACAGUUUGUUGGAUGAUCCUAACGGAAGUCAUGGUUUUGGGACAAGUUUCUAGCACAGAGUCAAGUGCAGAUUAUCUUUUUAACGUAAUUAAUCAGAUUCAAGAGUACAAUAGACCAUCUCCAUUGAGUAUGGACAGAACCACAGGCCCUGGAGGUGACGUUAAUCAUGUUAAAAACCUGGCACAAGCAGCUUUGACUGACCAACAACAACAACAACAAAAUAAGAUACCGCGUCCAGAGAAACCCACCCUGUUUCACUACCUUUCCUUUAGCGAUAAUAAAAAUCAACCCGGCAUCGGUGAUUCAACAGUUGUUCAGGAUGAUCAAAGAUUUGCCGAAUCUGUUGUCCCUCAUUAUCAGGUUCGAGCGCCACAGAAGAUUUUUAAACCAGUUCAAAUGCUGAAAGAUCCUCCGUCUCUCGGCUUAACACGCAAUGAUCUGGCAAUGCUUUAUAGAACAGCCCUGCAUCAGGGUUCACCGGUAAAAUUAUCUUCGUUUUCAAAUCAGCCAAACUCUGCAUUAGCUCCUCAAAUUGUUGGCAAUCAACUUAGGCUAAAUUCUGGCCACCCAGGAUACUAUUACUAUUUUUAUCCACUUAAAACAUUCAUGAAUGAGAUUCAGGGUGAUCAAGGCUACACCGCAAUCCAACAAUCUGUCCAACCAGAUAAUUUCAACGUGGCUACAGAGUCGUCUGAGAAACAGGUGUCAAAUCCCUUGUUUGUGGCAAUAAGUGGUUUUGUAGGAAUGGCUUUGAUUUUUAUGGCUUCAGUGUUGUUUAUGCCAAGAUUCGGGAGUAUGGAGUCAAGAAAUUCGUCGAGCAACUUUUUUCAGCUGUCUAGAGUUGCUUGGGAAGCAAUUGAGGGACGAAAUUGUUCGGAAAGGUUUGCUUGCGAACUCAACAGAGUUGCGGUAAACAUGGAACUGUCCAUACGUUCGCGUAGGAUUUUGGAGAACGUUGUACCCAACAAUCUCAGAAGACAUAUGAUCAGAAUGCGUAAAUCAAAGAAGAAACGGCAAGAAUGUAGACUAAUAAAAUGUAGAUGUGAUUAGGUAUUUGCAUUAUUUUUUAGACACAAAAAUCACCCACAGAAAACAAAUUUCUGGUCAAGGUUCAUGCAAAAUAGUUAAAAUUUUCAAUAAUAUUUAUUGAAUAAAAUUAUUAUUCAUCUAGA